AUGCCUUGGUAUCUUCAGUCGUGUGGUGUACGUUCGGUGAUUGUGACCAGUGGCACAUUAUCACCGUUAGAUUCAUUUGUUAACAGUCUUGGUAUAAGCUUCCCGAUAACGCUGGAAAACGAACAUGCCGCUAACCUGGAUCAGAUUUUGGGUGCACGUAUUCGUUUUAGUCAAGGUGGAAUCGAUCUUUGUGGCACUUUUCAUAAACGGAUAUAUCUAUGGAGUUGGGAGGUUAUCAUCCGUGCCUGUCAAAUCAUUCCGGGUGGUAUCUUGGUGUUCUUCUCAUCCUACGUUGUUAUGAAUUCAUGCCUGAAAUUCUGGAAGACAGCGAAGUUCGGCGCGACGUUUAUGUGGGAAGCAAUAACAACCCAUAAAGAGGCAUUUAUUGAACCAAAAUCUAAACUGGAAUUGAAAGCAGUGCUACUGCAAUUUAGGCAAAAAGUGAGAGAAGGCGGUGGUAAUGGUGCCAUCUUAUUUGCUGUCUGUAGAGCUAAGGUAAGCGAAGGGAUCGAUUUCUUAGACAGUGAAAGCCGUGGUGUUAUCGUAAUCGGCAUUCCAUAUGCUCCAACAACGAAUCCUAGAAUCGAACUUAAAAAACAAUUUCUUACUAAAGAAAGGAAUGGUGUUGCGAAGAAGGAAUUAAAAAAAAAUAUAUCAGCUGACGAAUGGUAUCAGGUGGAUGCAAUCCGCGGUGUGAAUCAGGCAAUUGGACGUGUUCUUCGACAUAAGGAUGAUUUUGGUGUUGUGAUUCUUGUUGAUUCAAGAUUUUGUUCGAUGCCAUCAAAACGGUUUCCUUCCUGGAUGCGUGAAUCUUUGAAAAAUUAUCAAAAUAUCGGCCAUUUUGAAAAUGAUUGCAAACAGUUCUUCAAGAAAAGAAAUAUCGAGGUGUGUGUUAAUCAAAGGACGAUAUUAUCACCUAUGACAAUGGCGCCUGAAUUUGUUUGUUCCCGGAAACGGAAUGAAAUCUUGAAACAGAAAAAGACAAACAAUGAGAGUUUACCUUUCGACAUCGAUGCACUCUACUCUUCUGAAGCAGUAGCAGCGUUUGAAAAAAGUAUUGGUGUCGAAGAUACCGUAUCAAAACGUCCAAAAAGAAGUUGUAUUUUUGAGGAAUUAGAAGAAGCGAAAAUGUUAAAUGAAUUAGUCGAUGUUGCUCAUCCAACUGAUAAUGACGACAGUAAUAUUCAAUCAUGUAGUGGCUUGAUGGUUCGGAAAACAAAACCUAAGCUGCGCUUAAAGUCGAAUGCUUCACUUUUGAUCAAAAGUCAAAGCCGCGCAGAAAUGGAUGCAUCCGAGGGAAAGAUAAAAGAACAUAAAUCUUUACCGGUCCUGCAAUCUGAUGAAAAUACAAUGGCUGCUUGGCAAAAAUCUGCGGUGGAGUACAACAGAUUGCUUCAAUCCAUUGAGAAAUCGAAACGCAUCAUCCUAAAAAUGGCGCUAAUAAAUUAUGCGACGGAUAAUAAUUUCCAAACACUGAUUUCAACAUUUACGAUGGAAACUGUACCAAACCAUUUAGAACUUCUCAAAGGUCUUUACGGUUAUUUGCAAGCAAAUCAUCGACCUGGAUUUGUGAGUAUAUGUCGCCAGCUCAAACUUCUAUAA